GCAGUCGAAAGAAGAACGGGUCUAGGAAUCAAUGCCCCUUUCAAUGUGUUGCAGACAUCGACCCCCAGCCCGAGAGCCCCAGUAGGACUCAUAGCCCACUGCCUCCAUAUGGCCCCUUUCUCUCCGCUGCCCACUCAAAGCUCAGUGUAUUCAAAAACCAAGCGCUGGGCCUCUCAGGAGAGCUAAAUUAGCCCAGUUUGCAUCUGAAGGGUUUAUUUUUGAGACAGAUCGACUGCAUAGGCAGUUGAUGUCUCUCUGGCUCCCUGCUUUCUGCUUGUAAGUUUGCAGAAAUCCCACAGACAUGUUGACCAGAAGGUAAAAAAAAAUCGCAAAUCCGGCUCUAUUUUGUUUUUAUUUUUAAUAAUAACACCGGGGAAACAGAUCCGUAUGUGGGACUCGAACUGGAUUCUUGACGGGGUCUCCGGUGUCUCGUACUUGGGGGAGAGAGAGGGAGAGAGAACCUUGCCUGAAAGGAGAGCGUUCAAUGACUGAUUUUGCAAGAGUUUUUUCCCUCUCGCCCCCAGUGUUUCUCUCCCUCUCUCUCUCCCUCUUUCCCUGGAUGAAUCCGAAUAGUGAUGCAGCCAGGGACUUACAGUCCAAAUUAAUCCAGCACAACAUGGCAGAUCGACACCGUGUUUAGCAAGGAGAGGAGCAACUGGCUUUGUAUUCUGCCAUGCAUAGCACACAGUACUGCACCGAUGGCCCCGAUGUACCAAGGUAUGGCCUCACAAGUGCAAGUGUUUUCCCCUCACACAAUCCAGACAAGUGCCUUCUGCAGUGUGAAAAAACUGAAAGUGGAGCCAGGUUCUAACUGGGAUAUGACCGGGUAUGGUUCACACAGUAAAGUAUAUAACCAGAGCAAGAGUCCGAACAUCGCACAGUCAACAAUCAGCGCUUCUCUUCAAGUUCCCAAUCCAACUCUGUCCUACGAGCAGACAGUGAUUUUCCCGGCCAGUGCUGGCCACAUUGUCUUCACCACAGCAAACAGCACAUCGGGGGUGGUGGCUGUGUCUGCCCAGGCCUUGGGAGGCCCGCAGAACCUGACGCGCCGCAGCACCGUGACCCUCCUCGAUACCUACCAGAGAUGCGGCCUGAAGCGGAAGAGUGAGGAACUCGAGGACACCGGCAGCGUGCAGAUCAUUGAGGAGCAUCCGCCAAUGCUUCAGAACGCCGCCAGCGGCGCUACUGUUGCCACGGCAGCCACUUCCACCGCCACGUCUAAGAACAGUGGGUCGAAUAGCGAGGGCGACUACCAGCUCCUACAGCACGAGGUGCUGUGCUCAAUGACCAACACUUACGAGGUGUUGGAGUUUCUUGGCCGUGGGACAUUUGGCCAAGUAGUAAAGUGCUGGAAAAGGGGGACCAAUGAGAUUGUGGCCAUCAAGAUUCUGAAGAACCACCCUUCCUACGCACGGCAGGGCCAGAUCGAGGUGAGCAUCCUCGCUCGACUAAGCACAGAGAGUGCGGAUGACUACAAUUUUGUCCGGGCCUAUGAGUGCUUUCAGCACAAGAACCACACUUGCCUUGUCUUUGAAAUGCUGGAGCAGAACUUGUACGACUUCCUGAAGCAGAACAAGUUCAGUCCGUUGCCCCUCAAGUACAUCAGGCCCAUCCUGCAGCAGGUAACCACAGCCUUGAUGAAACUCAAGAACCUCGGCCUAAUUCACGCUGACCUGAAACCAGAGAACAUCAUGCUGGUGGAUCCAGUCAGGCAGCCGUACCGAGUGAAGGUGAUAGAUUUCGGCUCAGCGAGUCAUGUCUCAAAGGCUGUGUGUUCCACUUACUUACAGUCCAGGUAUUACAGAGCACCAGAGAUCAUCCUGGGACUGCUGUUUUGUGAAGCCAUUGACAUGUGGUCACUUGGGUGUGUUAUUGCCGAGCUAUUCUUGGGGUGGCCAUUGUAUCCAGGAGCUUCGGAGUACGAUCAGAUCCGUUACAUUUCACAAACACAAGGGUUGCCAGCGGAGUAUUUGUUAAGUGCAGGGACAAAGACAACACGGUUCUUCAACAGAGAUCCAGAUUCAUCAUAUCCACUAUGGAGACUUAAGACACCAGAAGAUCACGAGACUGAGAUGGGGAUCAAGUCGAAGGAGGCAAGGAAAUACAUUUUUAACUGUUUGGAUGAUAUGGCACAGGUGAAUAUGACGACAGACUUGGAAGGAAGUGAGAUGCUGGCAGAGAAGGCAGACCGACGGGAGUUUAUUGAUCUGCUAAAGAAGAUGUUGACCAUUGAUGCAGACAAGAGAAUUACACCGAUCGAGACACUGAGCCAUCCCUUUGUAAUGAUGACGCACCUAUUAGAUUUUCCUCAUAGCACACAUGUCAAGUCCUGCUUUCAGAACAUGGAGAUUUGCAAGCGAAGAGUGAAUAUGUAUGACACAGUGAAUCAGAGUAAGACGCCUUUCAUCACACAUGUGGCUCCAAGCACAUCAAGCAAUCUAACAAUGACCUUCAGCAACCAGCUCAGCACAGUGCACAACCAGGCCAACAGCCUGGCUCCCACAUCCACAAGUGCCACCCUUUCCCUUGCCAACCCUGAUGUCUCCUUACUUAACUACCAAUCUGCACUUUACCAGCCUUCAGCAGCAUCCAUGGCAGCUGUUGCCCAAAGGAGCAUGCCACUGCAGACGGGAGCUUCGCAGCUGUGUGCUCGUCCUGACCCCUUCCAACAAGCCUUGAUUGUGUGUCCACCUGGAUUUCAAGGAUUGCAGGCUUCUCCAACCAAGCAUGCUGGGUACUCUGUCCGAAUGGAGAAUGCUCUUCCAAUUGUUACGCAGGCUCCAGGAGCUCAGCCUCUUCAGAUCCAGCCUGGCCUUCUGACGCAGCAGACCUGGCCUGGUGGUACCCAGCAGAUCCUUUUGCCUCCAGCCUGGCAGCAACUAACAGGAGUGGCAGCCCACACUUCAAUGCAACAUGCUACUGUUCUUCCAGAGACAAUGGCAGGGGCCCAGCAACUGGCAGACUGGAGGAACACCCAUCCGCACACCAGCCAUUACAAUACCAUCAUGCAGCAGCCGGCCCUCCUGGCAAGUCAUGUCACUUUGCCAUCUGCUCAGCCUUUGAACAUUGGCGUCGCUCAUGUAAUGAGACAGCAGCCCACUUCAAGCUCCACCUCAAAGAAGAACAAGCAACAGCAGUCCUCUGUUAGGAAUAUGUCAACCUAUGAAGUCUCCUCCACCCGAAGCUUCAACUCCCACUCCCCUCAGCGUUCGAAACGUGUGAAGGAGAACACCCCACCAAGGUGUGCCGUGGUGCAGGACAGUCCAGCCUGCAGCACCUUAACGUGUGGCUGGGGGGAGGCCAUCAGCACAACCCAUGAGCAUCAGAGGCAGACCAUAGUCAUUCCUGACACACCUAGCCCAGCAGUCAGUGUCAUCACCAUCAGCAGUGACACUGACGAAGAGGAGGAACACAAACGAGUUCCCAACAGCAGACUGUCGAAGCAGAGGAAAAAUGUCAUCAGCUGUGUCACAGUGCACGACUCGCCAGACUCUGACUCUUCGAGCAACAACAGCCCAUAUGCCAUGCAACAGCAGCACACCAUCAGCAGCAGUGCAAGCAACCAGGCCAAAGGACGGUCAGAUAGCCACUACUGUGGGAACCCACGCACCAUUAUUGUCCCACCUCUCAAGACGCAGUCUAGUGAUACUGUGGCAGGGUGUGACCGCCUUGUGCCAGGCACACAGGGACAUCAUUCAUUGAGCCACAAGCCCAAAAACUCCAGCACAACGACAUCCAGUGCAACCCACUCUUCAGCAAGUUACUCAGCAAUAUCAUCUUACCGGCAACAGAGGUCAACAGCCCAUUCCUUUCAACAGCAACCCCUCAAUCUCAGUCAGGCUCAGCCACACGUGACAGGGAUCCAGGAGCGGAGUGGCAACCAUGGACAUCGGAGGCAGCAAGCUUACAUUACACCGACCAUUGCUCAGGCACCCUAUUCGUUCCCACAUCGUAGUCCUUCACACUCUACUGUGCAUCCGCAUCUGGCAGCAGCCCAUCUAUCUGGGCAGCCUCACCUGUACACCUAUGCCACACCUGCUGCCCUUGCACCUACAGGCACAGUGGCUCAUCUUGUGGCAUCACAGGGGUCUACCAGGCAUACUUAUGCCACUCAUCCUGGAGGGAUAGUCCACCAGAUGCCCGUUGGUAUGGGACCAAGGGUACUGCCAUCUCCGACCAUCCACCCAAGUCAGUAUCAAGCCCAAUUCGCCCACCAGACAUAUAUCAACGCUUCACCGGCAUCAGCUGUCUAUACCGGAUAUCCAUUGAGCCCAACCAAGGUCAAUCAAUACCCUUACCUUUAAGGCUCAAAAACAACAAAGAUAUUGUAUUGAAUUGAAACAAGCAACGAUGCAUCUUGUACUUGAGAAGGUAGUUGAGAAAUGAACUGGAAGGAAAGUGCUCGGUCACGGGAUGAAAACUACAGAUCUUUUUUUAAAAAUCAGACAUUAAUUAAAAAAAACCAAAUUUUGAAAGCCUGACAAUUGACCUCUGACCAGUGAAGAUGAUGUAUGAAGGGGAGUCAAGCAACACAUGUUCGGUGGAUAUUUAAUCUCUGAAAUAUUUUAAAGACCUGUGAACUUGGGACCCUGGAAGCUACCCUGAGAGUUUGGUUGAAGUUUUUAAUUGAAGUUCAGUAAACGAACUACAGUUGAUUUCUCAAUUUCAUUUUAUUUUAUAUUUUGUUUGGGUAAACAAAUAGCUGCUUAUCUUUUCCUAAAUCAAACCCUCCUUGUGAAGGUAGAGGCUGCCAGGGCGCCUUUCAGAAUGUAGGGAGAUGAGGAAAGCUUCAUUAAAUGAUGUGAUACCAAUAGAUAUUAAUCGUGAUUGCACAACCCUGAUUCAACUUAGCUCUGUUCUUAAGGCAUGUUAGUUGUGACAGUUCUGAGUUCCACAGUUUUUGUGUGUGUGUGUGUGUGUGUGUGUGUGUGUGUGUGUACGCGUGCAGGGGGUGGGGGGGGGUAUUUUUGCUGUCAUUUUUGUUUUUAGCAGAAAGCUUCCUGUCAUGUUCCAAACAUAUUCCCUUCUAGUGCCUUACAGAAAAGGACAAGAAUUCCUCCAGACUUCCAAUAGAUCUAAUGGAGCUGGUGUUAAUGCUAAGGCAAUCCUCCCAGUCACAACUCUUGGGCAUGAUGGCUCUGCAUGGUGAAAGGACUGGGACUAAGAGUGUAGGGUUGCGUUUGGAGAAACACAGUCUGAGUUUGCAUGUCCUUUCUUCUCUUUACAACUCCUCAGGUGUUGGCAGCUCAUCAUUCCCUCUCCAGGUAGCCUGUCAACGUAGACAGAACAUAAUGUUGCAAGCAACAAAGUGCCAUUUGACACUCAAGCUCUCAAAUCUACCAGUAGUCUAUACAUAGUUCUUGUAAUACAGAUGCAUCCCCUCUGCUCUCCGCUUAUUGACCCACCAAUAUAAAGGGACACCUAUGUCCUGUUAACAAUAUCAAGUCUUGUCAGUAAACUCUGUGUCCUAUUGCUCUUUAAGGUGCCAACUGUCAUUGAAUUACUGACUAUCUGUUAACAAUUAGUCUUGACAUUGAUUCAGUCAUGGAAGGUAUGACCACAUUGUUACAAAUGGCAUGUACUAGCAAGUUGGGGGAAGAAUGAGAGCUGCCAAAUUGCACAAUGUUCCUAGGUAAUUCAACUGUGUACUGUGUGGUACUUUAGGUACAUGAAGUUGAUGUUUUCUGGUGUCACCUUUGGAACACAUCUAUUUCAGCCCACCAAAACAUUCUGCUUCUGCCAUUUCUUUAAAAAACAAUUCCUCCAUGACUGCAACAUUUUAAGUGGUGACCUUUUCCAAUUAAAUAAACAGAAAACAUUCAGUUAUUUCCCUUAAGCAACUCAAUAUUAAAUCUUCUCCUGCAAGGACACAUUUCUUCUGUCAAUUUUCUCACCUAUCUUCAUAGUUUCUUGGAAUUAGCUUAAUCUUAUUGAACAGUGAAGUAGGCUUGUGAAGUUGAGUAGCCUCCUCCUGUUCCUAUGUUUCACCCUUUUAUUGAUGUGGAUGCUUUCUGGUACCCUGCAGGAGCCUUGAGAGCGGUCCAGAAGGCAUCACAGCUGAAACAAUCCUGCACGUGUGUACUUUACACCCCUCAGGAUAUGAUGGUCAAUGACUUUUGAAGAGACCUGGCCAGAAGCAGGUUUCAACUGUCCCCGCAUUUCUGUGACACUGGAUCACCGAAGCCAACUCUGGUCUCUCCUUCAUGUCACCAUAGCUGAGCACAUUACAAUCCAUGGCGAAGGCUGUGGCCGUCUGAGGCAAAUGUGCCCAAGUAACUCAUUGACUUGAUCAGAGACAUGAGGGAAGCAGAACAAAGAGUUUAGGAAUGGAUCUAUAGUACCAGUGGCUCUGACUGGCCUGACACCUCGCAUUUUUGUUCUGUAAGUUUGACUGUGACCUGCUAGUAAAACAUCCAAGACCAAGGGUACAGCUUGAGAAUCUAAAGUGGUACAAUUACAAGUUAGGUUUCUUCUUAUUAGAAUGAAUAUUUUAAAAACAGAGAGCAACAAUUAAGAGCAGAAUGUCUUUACUCACCACACAAAUUUGGGGUGACUGGCAUUUUGUAAAAGAACAUGUCAGUUUUUUUUUCCUGUUCAGUGUGGUACUUCAACAACUGCUGUUUUAAACUUUUUAAAUUAAUUGUUCAUUGUUUUUCUUUUGGUUAUUUGUUUUCUUUCUGAAAAUAAUCAGCCCUACUUUUUUAAGACGAGAAAUUUAAUUUCUGUCUUUUCGCUUCUGAUUGUGCUGCGUAUGUGUUUUUUUAGAGCAGUGUCGUCCAAUAGAAUUCACUGGCGAGAGCUCCAGUUUUAGUCACAGCUAUAUAAUUUACACACCCUCUUGCAAUACAAGUAAAUGUACUUUACAUGUGUAUCUUUACUGAAAAAAAUCUAGCACUAUUCAGUAAAUAACAAAGUAAAAUAAAUAUUACACUGCUUUUCGUCACCAUUUUUCAACAAACACAAAACAUACACAUAAGUCAUGUGAAUAACACUAACAUCACAUGCCUAAUGUGAAUCAUUUUUGAUUACUAAUCCAAAAUACAUCUAUAUCCCCUAUAAGCCACAUCUGAAGGUAUAAUUAGCCAAACGUAGCUAGUGACUAAUGAAGUGGGCCACACUGCAUUAAGAAAAAAAUGAUUGAAUUUUUACAAAGAUUAACUUCCUCUAUGAAUUGAGUAAUUACAUAGCCUUUAGGUUGUUAUAGGCUGACAUUUGUUGAGUUGAUUUCUAAGUCAGCUUAAGUGCUCAGUACAUUCAUAUGGUCUGAUCAAUUAUAUCCAUGUUCACUGUACAUUCUAAAGGCCAGGCUUUGCAGUAACCAAGUGCAAUCCCAUCAAGGAGGAAAGCUGGCUAUGAGUGAGUGUAAGGAUGUGGAUAAAGAAUAAGUCACUCAUACAUAGAAAAACAAAAUGACAUUUGACACCAAAGAAACAACAUUUUAUGGCAUUAUUUGUGCUUUGCUGCCUAUGAUUGUCAGGCUCUUUCAUGAAGAUUAUCUGUUAGGAGGAGACAGCUGGAACUUAUUCCUCUUCAUUUGUAAUUAACACUUAAUACUUGACUUUUUUUUCAUUAGGUGGGAAUUUCUCAAAGGUUUAAUGGUUACUGGCAUUGCUGCUAUUUUCAUGUAUUUAAACAUUCAAGUGAGUCUGUAUCUGUUCUAUAUGUAUAUACAUAUGUUUAUAUAUAAAAAGGAAGAAAAAAUACCUGAUCAUUAAAUCUGGGAAGGGGCAUAAAAGCUACUGAUUAUCAGUUAAAGUCUGCACAGUUUCAAUUGUUAAUUCACACACAAAUUAACUUUUAUUCUAUUUCACACAAUUAUACAUGCAUCCCAAACACUGUUGAAAGAUACAAGUAUAUUUUCACUCAUAACCAAUAAGAAGCCCCCCUUCUUCCCCCAAUCUGUCCCCAUCAUCUUGAAACCACUGGGUGCCUGAAGGGCUGAAGUAAGGAGUUAUCAAUGACUUUUCGAAAAUGAAUGAAUAAUAAUGGAGCAGUCAGUUCAACAGUAACCCGUGUGUGGCUGGAAUUUCUCGAUAACAUGAAAUCUCUCUGUAUUCUGACCCUGUUCCAUGCUAGCUCUUUUUCUUAAGCACCUUAUUGCAGUUUGGUUGUUUAAGUCAAACAUUUUUGUCUUCUUUUAAGAUGUGUUUCCGAGCAUCUUAACAAUUUGGCGGAAAGUGCCUUUGUCUUGGAAGCACUUCAAUGUAUAUUGGCAAUAGACUGCAUGGAUUUAAAGAAGGCAAGAUUUCAGACUCAGAGCUGAAGGCUGUGACAACUCACUGAGGUCCAACACAAUGGAGAGACGUAGCUACUACAUUAGCUAUCAGUGUUCCACACACUCCCCCUCUGAGUAUGUCAUUGAGAACAUUCCUGAGCCAAACAGAAGUGGGCCCAUAAUGGAGGUGCUAUCACAUGUACAGAGUUAUGUGAAGUGAAGGUGAGUUGCAGUAGAGUAGUCAAGCAUUUGAGAUUGUCCUAGAGUUUCCUGAAAGAAAGAUAAAUUAAUCUUCCAAAUGGCAUGAGCAACUCCAGAUAAAAUUCAUUGGGGCAUGCAAAUUCUAUGUUCUUUCUUUUCAUCGUAAAAACAGAGAUAGAGACUAAGGAACUUUUGGACCAGAUGGUUAAUAGUGAGAUGUCAUUUGAUCAGACACCAACAAGGAACCUAUCCAAUCAAUCAGGGUUGGCAACCUUAGAGAAACAUUGGGCAAAUGGAAGAUUUGGAGAGAGGGGAAAUUAAGUUCUAGCCAAUAUUUGGAGGUUAAAUCCUCCCCGUCAUUCCACUUAUCCCACCUCUCUCUGCUGGUUGCAUGCAUGUCUUUGUGAGUAUUGGUAAAUCUAGUGGAAUUGGGUCUAAAAAGAUUCUAAUGUUGUUGGAAACCUGUUUGUAGCUUUGUUGGGGGCGGGGGGGGGGGGGGUGCGUGAUGAAUUUGUCUCUACGGACCCUUCAGAUUUUCAUUUCAGGUUCUAUGUUGCUGAAAUUGUUGUGCAGUGUUAUGGUUUUUUGGAUGAGCUGCAACAUAUUCAGAGUCUGGUGCUAAAUUUACAGGAGAACUUUCUUUUACAUAGACUAAUCUGACCUGAGCAAGAUUUUGAAAUAGGGAAAUGGUGGUUGAGUGUUGCAAUGUUAGCUUGUUAUUUUUUCUUCAAGCCUCAAACACAGGUUGACUUUAAAUAUACCAUUGUGGCUGGAUGCAGGAUUGUGACACGAAGGACUCACAUCGUGAUUGUUAUCAGUUAUUUAUUCUCCCUUCCUUCAACUCCUGAAUCUUUGCUGCCAUCAGGUUUUCCAUGAUGCUGUUCGCAAGCAAACAUAUGAACUCAUAACACAUAAUGUAGACAGAACAUCAAAGGGAAUGAAUAAUGAUAAGCAAAAAACUUAACAUGGGCCUGGCUCAAAUUAGUCCACUCAGCACUGAUCUGGACAUCUACAUUCCUAGAAUGAAGGCAUCGAGCCAUUAGAAGAGAUAUUUAAUAGAUGUUUCAACCUUGCUUGGUGCUCUUCUUUGCCUUCUAUAAUACAUAACUAUUCCAGCUAUAAAUCGGAAGGAAAAGUGAUGUUGGAAAUUUGUACAAUUGCAAUUGAGUUGAUGUGGAAGAGGGUUUGGUGAGAUGAUUCUGAAAAAAGCAGUGGGAAGGAGAAGAUAAUGAGACUACAGAAAGUUGAGGUUGCUAGGUCAAUGAAGCAGAAUAAUAGCAUUGCGCACAAUAUAUAAGAAGGAAUAAUGAAAGCUACAGUGGUUUAUGAUGUAGUUGGUAUAAAUUACAGAUGCAUAAGGAUGCUUUUCAGAGAGAUAAAGUGCUUAAAAGUCCAUAACUUAAUAUUUGGUUUAAUGGGAAAAUGUAUUAAACAAGGGUUUACUCUGUAACUGACUUGCUCUGCUGGCACUCCAUGUCCUGUCAUUGCAUUGCUUUUCCCACAGUGCCAUACUGACCAUCCCAAACUUUGAUGACCUGACCACACUGUCCUGCCAACAUUUUGCCAAUCUGCCCUAUCCGUGUCAUCCUGCACUGCCCUGCUGAUUCUGUGCUAUGUACCCAAAUCACACUACACUGGAUGUGAGUUUGCUGCUGAGCUGGAAGGUUAGUUUUCAGACGUUUCGUCACCAUU